AUAGAUGCAUACUGUCGGUGUUUCUUGUGCUGCUCGUGCAGCUGAAAACAAGCUAUGUUAUAAAAAUUUUGAGGAGUCAAUUUAUUGCAUCAUUCCGUUGUGCUAAUAUUAAAAAGUGACAAGUUUCAAGCAAUAGUGUUACAAAUAUAAUGUACGGUGUCCGUUUGUGUCGAAGAUUAGUUUUAAACUUUCAAAACUUGAACGUCGUCAAUCAUGUUUCUCAAAGACAAAUCAAAAGAUACAUUAGGCCAACUUUAAUAGAAUUAACUCAUCGCAAAAAGACUUUUGCAAAAAAUAAUCCAAACACUAACCCAGCGAACAAUCCUCGCAAUAAAUAUCUCGAUUGGAAUAGAAAUGCUGAACUCUAUGCAUUCAACAAUAGACUUUCUGAACAAUUUGAUACAGAGUUGUUAGAUCAAGCAUUUACACACAGAUCAUACAUAAUAAAAGAAGAAGAAGAACAGAAAAAGGUUGGAAUUGAAAAUCCACAAUUAGACAUUUUAGAUAACCGAGAAUUAAUUGAUGAAGGAAAAGCAAUAACAUCUGUAAUUAUUGAAAACUAUUUAAAUAAUGCUUUGCCUCUUGCUCCAAAGGAGUGCAUUCAUGCAUUAAAAAGUUACUUGAUAUCUAUUGAAGUACUUGCAAAAACAUCGUUAGGCAUUGGAACUAAAGAUCUAAUUUUAUCAACAGAUCACCCUGUAGAGGAAGAAACUCUAGCAAAUACGUUAUAUGCUCUAACUUCAGCUUUAAAUCGUAGUGUAAACUUAGAACAUGCAGGAGUUUUUAUACGAGAUAUUUUAAUUGCAAAAUUAGUCGAAAAAGAUUUGGCAGAAAUCUGGUGUCCUGAUGAUCCUAUGGAAAUUUUGAAUGAUAUUCUAGACAGGGAACAUAGAGAGUUCGCAGAACCUAGAAUUAUUGCACAAUCAGGUAUAAAUACACUUUUACCAGUUUAUGAAAUUGGAUUAUAUUCUAAUCAAGAAUUUUUAGGUUCUGGUAUUGGUGAAACAAUCGAAGAAGCUCAAAAAAUUGCAGCCUACAGAGUAUUAAUGAAGAUGUUUGGUAUGUUAGACUCUUGCAAUCCAAUAAAUUGCAACCAGAAAAUAGAGGACUCAACUAAGAGAAGUGCACCACUUGAAGAAUGGAGUAGGAGUAAUGUUUAAGUCAUAAAUUUUUUACCAAAUAAAAUUUAUUAUAGAUUGAACAAUAUACCUAAUUUUAAUAGAAUUCUAAAAGCAAAAGAUUACAAAUUUCUGAAUGCCGAAACAACUUUUAUAGCAUAGCUAUUUGUCAUAGAAUUUCAUUAUUUCAUCUAUAAAUUAUGAUGAUUGAUCUUAAGUGAAAGAAUUAAUAUAUUUGGAUAAAAAAAAUAUCUCAUAAUCAAUAUUAAUAUUACUUUACAUAGUAUAUAUACAUACAAAAACUACAAAUGACAAUGAAAUUCCAUGUGCUUUGUAAGGAAUUUGUAUAUCUAUGAGACGCUUUGAGAAACUGUUAUCUUCAUUUUAUCUUAGUAAAAAAGUAUUACCAAAUUAAGGAUGCUUGUUGUGC